UUAUUGUUUUUCUCCGACCAACCAAAAAAUACAAUAAUGCCGAUGAUAAAAACCCUCCAAAUAUAUUUCCUAUCCCUGUUAUGUUUAACUUUCCUCCUCCACACCGUCUUAUCCUACGCCCCUUUCACCGCCGUCCUCCUCCGCCACCACCUCCCCUAUAGUCUAUCCUGCGCCGCAUGCGCCCUCAUCUGCUUAGUCUACCACCUUCGCUCCCGCCCAUACCCCGUCUUCUUGCUAAAUUACGCAUGUUACAAGCCGCCACCCCACAGAAAAUGUUCGUACAAGGUUGCAGAGACUUUCGUCCGCCGGAACGAACGUUUGUCCGAGGAAACAAUCGAAUUCAUGCGUAACAUUUAUUUGAAAUCUGGAUUGGGCGACGAAACCUACGCGCCGCCGUUUAUAUUUGAGGGCGGUUGUGCUCCGACGCUAAAAGCCGCCCGUCAAGAAGCGGAAGAGGGUAUCGUCUCUUCCGUUGAUAGCCUCUUGGCUAAAACCCUAAUUAACCCUCAGUGUAUUGACGCCGUUAUCGUUACAUGCGGCAGUUUCUCGCCGUCUCCGUCGCUCUCGUCGUUCAUUGUGAACCGUUAUAACCUUAAACCCGACGUGAAAACGUAUGAUCUGAGCGGAAUGGGGUGUAGCUCCGGCGUGAUUUCGGUUGAUUUUGCGGCGAGGAUUUUACGCGGCAAGCGAAAGGUCCAAAAUGCCCUCGUCAUCGCCACCGAGAGCAUUACGCUGAAUUGGUACACGGGGACAAAUCGGUCCAUGCUCGUCACGAAUUGUAUCUUCCGAGUAGGUUGCACGGCCGCCAUUAUCACUAACGACCCGGCCCGGAGACGAGUCGCGAAGAUGGAACUCGUCGACUCGCUCCGGACCCACCACGGCGCGGACGACGCCGCGUACAGAGCCGCGUUUCAAGAGGAAGAUCGAGACGGUCUCACAGGAGUUUCACUAACAAAAGACCUGAUCAGGGUGGCCGGGGAGGGCCUACGUAAGCACAUCACAAUCCUCGCGCCACGAGUCCUCCCACUGAGUCAAAUCGGGAGUUACCUCGUCUCAGCUCUGAUAACAGCGCUCUCACCCGGCGGCGGCAAGUCAAAGCCGGCAAUGGUGCCGGAUUUGACGACGGCGUUUGACCACAUGUGCAUACACACCGGCGGGAAGGCGGUGAUCGAACAAGUGGCGAGGGUUUUACGCCUGAGCGAUGACGUGACCGAGCCAGCUCGGAUGUGUUUGAACCGGUUCGGCAACACUUCUAGUAGCCUUGUGUUUUACGAGUUGGCUUAUUUUGAAGCCAAAAAGAGGGUGAAGAAAGGUGACAAAAUGUGGAUGAUAGCAUUUGGGACAGGGUUUAAGGUUGGCAGUCUUGUCUGGAAGUGGAUUCAAGAUUCAGCACAAGAAUCUGAUAAUCCUUGGAAUGAUUGCAUACAAAGUUAUCCUUUGAAGGCUUAGCUUCAUGACUUAUUACA